AUGGAUGUCCUGGCCAAGCUGGUGGCCAAGACGCGUGAUCGACCGAUCUGGUCGUUGAUUGUGCUCUGCCUAGCACUACGCGUCUGGACGACUGCACUUCUCUGGAUCUACUUCCAACUCUUGCCCUCGUGGGAGCGAACGAGCUUGCACGAGUCCUUCGACGACCCUACCAUCGCUGCGGUCGAAGCAUGGAACCGCUGGGAUACCGAGCACUUUGUCAGGAUCGCGGUGGAGGGGUACAAGGAGGAGAAGGAGACGGCGUUCAUGCCCUUGUUGCCGAUGAUGAUGAGGUGGGGCGCGCAGGGGAUCGAAGGCAAGACGAUCGAUUUCUCGCUGGACUGGACGGUAGCAAGUGCACCUACGAUCAAGAACAUUGUACUGUGUGGAAUGGCGCUCGCCACUGUCGGCAGUGUCGCCGCUGUACUCUCCCUGUACUAGUACGUCUCCCACGCCACCGACCCAACUCGCCUCGCAAACGCCCACAUACCAGCACCUGAGCUCUCCUUCUCCGUCGCACAGCCUUACCUCGACCCUCUUUGAUCUUCAAUUCGCCCAUAUCACCUCUCUCAUCUACCUCUUUGCUCCAUCACCCUCGACUCUCCAUGCCGUGCCUUACAACGAGCCCUUCAGCGCCGCUCUGUCCUUUCUCGGCAUGGCCUUCUUCUUCAAACAGCAAUACCUCCUUGCCGCGAUCGCAUGGGGAUCAGGGACCGCUUUCAGAGCUCAGAGUAUCGUGCUUGGGCUUGGCUUUUUUGGGUGGGAGUGCAUCCUCCGAGGUCCGAGACGGAGGAGUGCCAAGUACGAGAUCUCGGUCAGUUACUUUGACCCGAAAUCGCUUGCUGCUGUGCGACGACUGACGCCCUUCGCUCUCGGGGGCGAUACAGACUCUGCUUGCGGGACUGCCUCGCUUCAUCUUCUUAUCGACCAUCUCCAUCGCGCCUUUCUUCCUCUUUGAACUACACGUACAUCGCGAGUUCUGCCUCGCUCUACCCGUCGGCGCCGAGCCACGCCCCUGGUGCUCAACAGGCUUGAAAAUCUCUUACAGCUUCGUGCAGUCCCACUAUUGGUGCAGUCAUUCCUCAACGUAGAGACUACUAUAUCGGUCGUGUUACUCAUCUUCAGAUCUCUCCUACAGGAACAAUGGGCUGUUCAACUAUUGGCGUCCCUUGCAGAUCCCCAACUUCAUGUUCGCCGCACCAGUGCUGUACUAUUCCAUCCUUGCAUCGUAUCGCUACUAUCGGACCAACCUACACGCAGUCGUUGGUUCCACCCUGCCUUUCUUACCUGCUCGGAUACUACCCCAAAACCCAGCACUCUCACCGACCUCGUCAUUCCUGCACAAUACCCCCCUCGACGUGGUCCCGAUCGUCCACCUGCACACCUUCAACGUCUUGCUCUUCUUGUUCUACUCGCACGUCCAAAUCAUCCUUCGUCUCUGCGUCCUUAACCCUGUCCUUUUUUGGUUUACGGCGUCACUCAUUCGCACCGACCUCCUCUCAGCUUCGGGGACCAAAAAAUUUGCUCGAGGGAGCACGAGACUGGGUCGGGCUUGGUGGUUUUACGUUCUAAUUUGGGGUCAGGUGUCGAGUGUAUUGUGGGCUGUGUUCUUACCUCCAGCUUAA